UCCCCACCGCUCCCCUGUGGAGGGUCCCUCUCCCUGGGUGAUCAUAGGAGCUCUACUGGGAGUCCUUCUGCUCUUUGUUCUGGUCCCUGCUGCUGUUUAUUCUCUGCGACGCAGAUACACCAAGCUCAGUGAAGACCAGCAGGUGGAGCUGCUGCCUUUUCACACAGAUGUGACCUAUUGUCGUAACGAGGGCCCACAUGCUGCCCCUCAGGAAGUCAACACGCUGGUGGUACCUGGUGUGGUCCAGUUGCUGGAGGGUGUUAGUGACAGACUACUGACCAGUCUGAGGGACGUCCUGGUGGACAGGAACCUGCUGACCCUGGGAAAGGAGCUGGGAGCUGGAGAGUUUGGCUCUGUCUACGAGGGGAUCUUUACUCAAGAGGAAGGGAUGGACAUCAAAGUAGCUGUCAAGACCAUGAGAGUUGGACUACACAGUCAGGAGGAUUUAGACUCGUUUCUGAAGGAAGCAGAGAUCAUGCAGCACUUUGACCAUAACAACGUUGUCAAACUUCUUGGGGUCACAUUGCAGCAGGAGCAGGAUUCUCCUCUGCCAGUCCCUCUGGUGAUCCUACCCUUCAUGAAGCAUGGAGACCUGCGCCGGUUCCUCAUCGCUGCCCGCUACGGGGAUAUUCCCAUGUUUGUGCCUCACCAGAGUCUUCUGCGCUUCAUGGUUGACAUUGCAGCAGGGAUGGAGUAUCUGAGUUCACAGGGCUUUUGCACAGGGACCUGGCUGCACGCAACUGCAUGUUGGGGGACGACUUGCGUGUGUGUGUGGCUGACUUCGGCCUCUCCAAGAAGAUAUACAGCAACAACUACUACAGACAGACAGUGGCUAUCCGCAUGCCAGUCAAGUGGAUGGCCAUAGAGAGCCUAUCAGAGUCCAUCUCUACCAGCAAGAGUGACGUGUGGUCAUUUGGGGUCACCAUGUGGGAGAUAGUGUCCAGGGGAAGGA